ACCCAACACAUACAAUUUUAUACGAUACUGGGGGUGGGGGGGCAACCAAACCAGACGGGCAUUGGGAUUUGAGAGUGAGCAAUCUCAAGCCAAAUGCUUACGCCUGAUAUUCUUGACGGAUUUGGCACAAGAAAUCAAACACAAGGAAACGGAGAAAAGGAAAAUCAAGCGUAAAGGAGAGAGAGAGAAGAGAACAGAGAAAGCAAAGGCAAAGCAGUGAAUUGACUGACAACUGGCGAGUGGUUAGAGAGAGAGAGAUGGGGGUCCCCUCCUUUCUCUCUUCUUUCUUCUGCAAUUGGCAGCUCUCUUCUUCUUCUUCUUCUCUUUGCCGUUUCUACAACAUUCACCAACACCCAUCAAGAUCUUUGCUCUGUUUUGUUCCUUUCUCUUCUUGGGUCUCUGUUUUUCGUUUCUGGGUAUUGAUUGUUCCUAUGGAGAAUUGAAUUUACAGACUCAGAUACUAUGCGAGGGGUUGGAAUUCUUUUGGGUUUUGAUCUGGGUGGAAAUGCGUUUUGUUUAUUGUCUUUGGAUUUUCAGUGAACUUCUUGAUUGCUGUGCGUUUUAGCGAUUGAGCAUUGAGAAGAAGACGGGAGGGAAAAUGUGGGAUCUCAAUGAUUCUCCCGAUCAUGGUGGAACUGAUGAAUUUGAGGUUCUUUCAUCGAUUGAUGGCGAUGAAGACAGAGCAAAAUGGAUAGGAUCCAUUAAUUCUAACUCGAGCUCUUCGGUGGUGGUUAUGGAGGAUGGAUCCGACGCCGACGAAGCCAGCGUCGGCGAGGAAGAACCACUAGUCCAACGGAAAAACUUCUCGGUAACCCACCCGCUGGCGACUCGGCAGUUCUUCCCCAUGGAGGAUUCCGACGUCGGGGCUUCAUCGGCGGCCGUCGGUGGCUCAGCUAGGUUCCCUCGAGCUCGGUGGGUCGGCGUGAAGUUUUGCCAGACAGAGCCUGUCGCUGCUGUGAGACCAAUGGCGGUUCUGCAGCCGUUAAAGAAAAGUCGGCGAGGGCCCAGGUCCCGGAGUUCUCAAUAUCGCGGCGUCACGUUCUACCGGCGCACCGGCCGGUGGGAAUCUCACAUAUGGGACUGUGGCAAACAAGUUUACCUGGGCGGAUUUGAUACUGCUCAUGCAGCUGCUCGAGCCUACGACAGGGCAGCUAUAAAAUUUCGAGGAACAGAGGCAGACAUAAAUUUCAGUAUUGAAGACUACGAGGAUGAUUUGCAGCAGAUGGGAAAUUUGACGAAGGAAGAAUUCGUGCAUGUUCUUCGUAGACAAAGCUCAGGUUAUCCGAGAGGAAGCUCGAAAUUUAGAGGUGUAACAUUGCAUAAAUGUGGGAGAUGGGAGGCUCGGAUGGGCCAGUUUUUAGGCAAAAAGUACGUUUAUCUGGGGUUGUUUGAUUCCGAGAUUGAAGCUGCAAGAGCUUAUGAUAAAGCUGCAAUCAAGUAUAAUGGCAAAGAAGCUGUUACAAACUUUGAUCCCAGCAUAUAUGAGGAUGAGCUGAGUACAACUGAAUCAUCAUCAGGCAAAGUCUUGGAACAGAAUCUUGAUUUGAGGUUGGGCAAUUCAAGCUCUAAAAAACACACACUUUCAUUUGGAAAUCAUUGCUCAAAUGUCACCCCAAAUACUGAUUUGCAAAUUACUAAUGAAUCUAACCUUCAGGAAUCAAGUAUAUUUGAGAAUGAUAAUGGUAGAGAAUAUAGGUUCCUUCAGACAGAGAAAAUGCAGUUUCGUAGUGAAAUGAUCGUUCGACCUCCACCCUCCAUUGAAACGACAGAACAUGGGCGCUUGGAGACUCUUCACAAUUACUCUCCACACGUCAAUCAAUCAAACUCUCAAAUUCAGUUGUUGAGCAGCAGCAAUGAAGGAGGGUUAGGAAGUGAUGAAGUUUCACUGUGUUUGAGUAAAGGCCACCAAUGGCAGCAAUCUGGUGGCUCUCAACAAUUUGCAAAUGCUGCAGCAUCAUCAGGAUUCCCACAACUUCAAAUUUCAACUUCCCAAAAUUGGCUGCAGAAAAAUAAUGGAUGUUACUUCUUACAUAGACCCUCUUGAUUCUAUCUUUUUCAAUGUUUUUCUGCAUUGCCAUUACCAUUCAAUCAUUUUUCUUGUUUCUUCUUCGGUUUUUCGGUUUUUCAGUUUCUUUUUGGUUCAUAAGUUCUUUCCUAAGCUUGUAAAGAUUGAUUCUUCCAAGAAACAAUUGUUCUCUAAGAAGGAAUAAGGGGCCAUCUCAUUCACAUUUGGAAACAAAAUAUUCAUCAAUGUGAUGUUGGAUCAUGAAUGUAUGUAACUCCAGUGAUAGGAGUCUUUAUAUCAAACCUAUAGUUAAACACAUGAGUGAAAAUUUGGA